AUGGCCCCCGCUCCUCGCGUUUACUCCAAGACCUACAAGGUCCCCCGUCGUCCUUUCGAGUCGGCCCGUCUUGACUCGGAACUGAAGACUGUCGGCGAGUACGGCCUGCGCAACAAGCGUGAGGUGUGGCGUGUCCAGCUCACCCUGUCCAAGAUCCGUCGUGCUGCUCGUGAGCUUCUCACCCUCGACGAGAAGGACCCCAAGCGUCUUUUCGAAGGUAAUGCUUUGAUUCGCCGUCUGGUCCGCAUCGGUGUGCUCGAUGAGUCCCGCUUGAAGCUCGAUUACGUCCUGGCCCUUCGCAUCGAGGACUUCUUGGAGCGUCGUCUGCAGACCUGCGUCUACAAGCUCGGCCUCGCCAAGUCCAUCCACCACGCCCGUGUCCUGAUCAAGCAGCGUCACAUCCGUGUCGGCAAGCAGAUCGUCAACGUGCCUUCCUUCAUGGUCCGCCUGGACUCCCAGAAGCACAUUGACUUCGCUCUCACCUCCCCCUACGGUGGUGGCCGCCCUGGCCGUGUCCAGCGCAAGAAGGCUGCUGCUGCCGCUGGUGGCGAGGGUGACGAGGGUGAGGAGGAUGAGGAGUAA